CUGCCACCUGUAAGAUGGCGUCUCUCAGUAGGCGGCUUGUGUGGGAUGUGUCUCGCUUCCUCAGGCAGACCUUUCCAAUUGUCCAUAAUAGAUCCUUUCUUGAGCCUUUUCAAAGGUUCAUGGCGUCGGGUACUUUCUGUUGGAGUUGGGGCAAGUCUCUGUGCUGUUCCUGUGGGGCAGAGGUCGGAGCCAGCUCUAUCAAAUGAAUCCCUCAUAAAAAGGGCCGCAUCUCUGGUAACAGACAGUACCCAGACGUUCCUGUCUCAGACUACAUACGCACUUAUUGAAUCUCUUACAGAAUAUACUAAGGCUGUGUAUACACUUGCCUCACUUCAUCAAAGAUAUACCUCUCUUAUGAACAAAUUGAACUCUAAUGAAGAAAGUGCCAUCUGGCAGGUGAUCAUUGGGGCACGUGUACAGGUUAAGAAGUUACAGGACGAAUAUGUGAAGUAUGAGGCUAACUGGAUGCGAGCUGUAAGAAUAUCAGAGAUGGCAGCAGAAGCAGCAUACCUUGCUGGUGCUGAUCAAGCUUCUGUGACAGUGCGGAAUCACAUUCAGCUGGUCCAGACACAAAUACAAGAGACACGCGUGAGCUUGCUCUUAAGGCAGAAGCCUUGCUAGCUUCUGUCCAGUCAGAGGAAAUCAAGAAAGCACUUACAGAAGACAAAAACAAUCCUCCUGAUGGGGGCAGUCCAAUGAGCAGCUUGUCAGACGAAGAGGUCCCAGAGGCUUACUUGCGAGAAGACUGA